AUGAUAACCCGGGUCAGCCUGGUUCUUCUGUCCUGGAUGUUAACAUGGAGCAGAGCUCAGCUGCUGGAUUCGAACAGCUGGGCGGCCCGGGCCUGGUUGUCCGAUGGUCUCUGUCGCUAUGGCAACAGCGUGGAUUGUUGCUGGGGCUGGACACAGACGGACGGAGGACGUUGUCAACCUCACUGUCAGCAGGGCUGUAAACACGGAGAGUGUGUCGGACCAGACAGAUGUAAAUGUCACGCCGGAUACAGUGGCAAGGCCUGUAACCAAGAUCUGAACGAGUGUGGUCUGAAGCCUCGGCCCUGUAAACAUCGCUGCAUGAACACACCGGGCAGCUACAAGUGUUACUGUCUGGACGGAUACACACUGCAGCCGGACGGCAGCUGCAAGAAUACGCUGACCUGUUACUAUGCCAACUGUCAGUAUGGCUGUGCGGUAUCAAAGGGGGUGGUCCGCUGCACCUGUCCGUCGCCAGGGUUACGGCUGGGACCAGACAGACGAACCUGUAUCGACAUCGAUGAGUGUGCGUCCGGCGGCGGCGUGUGUCCUCGGCGCAGGAAGUGCGUGAACACAUUUGGGAGCUUUUUGUGUAAAUGUCACCUCGGCUUCAAACUCACGUACAUGAACGGACGCUACGCGUGCAUCGAUAAAGACACGCGUCCCUUCUGCUCUCUGAACCCGUCCUCUCCCAAGUGCAGGUGUAAAGAUGGCGGCUGUAAAGCUCUACCCAGAGUCACUCUGGAGCCUCCGAGACCAAGAACUACAAUUCCCAUCAUCCCCUUCUCCACUGCUGCUCCUCUUACAACUACCACAGCUCAGCCUGUCACCACCACCACCACCACCGCAGCAACUACUCUACCGGCUACGUCUGCAGCUACAACUACCACCGCAGUACCGACUACUACCACUACUACACCUGUCACUACCACUACUACACCUGAUACUACUACACCGGUUACUACUACAUCUGUAACUACACCUGAUACUACUACACCUGUAACUACUACACCUGCAACUACUACACCUGUAACUACACCUGAUACUACUACACCUGUAACUACUAAACCUGCAACUACUACACCUGUAACUACACCUGAUACCACUACACCUGCAACUACUACACCUGUAACUACACCUGAUACUACUACACCUGUAACUACUACACCUGUAACUACACCUGAUACUACUACACCUGUAACUACACCUGUAACUACACCUGAGACUACUACACCUGUUACUACUACACCUGUAACUACACCUGAUACUACUACACCUGUAACUACACCUGAGACUACUACACCUGUAACUACUACACCUGUUACUACUACACCUGUAACUACACCUGAUACUACUACUACAACUGUAACUACUUCACCUGUAACUACACCUGUGACUACACCUGCUACUACUACACCCGUUACUACUACACUUGUAACUUCACCUGAUACUACACCGACGCUGCCCACCACCAUCUCCAUGGUAACGACUACAUUGAACAACAGGAUCAACAAAGACGUGACCCUCAAGCAGAGAGGAGACGUGCACAUCCCUCGACAUCCCGACCUCAACCAGGUGUGGGAGUUUGAUAUCGAGCUCGGAAACACCUCUGACGACGCCAAAGACGAUCCCGAUGCUGGUGUGCUCCACUGUACCUUCGACCACGGACUCUGUGAUUGGUUGUCAGACAGAGAGGGAGAUCUUCACUGGGAAACGUCUCAUAACCCUGCAGGUGGACAUUACCUGUCCGUCCCAGAGCUGAAGGCGGGACAGAGGAGCAUCCGCGGCGCCCGAUUGGCUGUCCAAAUCCUCCCAUCCUGGAGCCAUGGCGACCUGUGCUUCUCCUUCUCCCAUUGGCUGACAGGGCAUCAUGUGGGCGUGAUGCAGCUGUUCACCAGGAAGAGAGGACGAGGUCAAAGAUAUAGCCCCGCCCUCUGGAGCAGGACAGGUGGGCACGGCUGGAGACACACCCAGGUUACCUUGACAACGCAUCGUCUGGACAGGGUGUUGUUAAAGGCGGAGCGACGAGUCGGACGGCGAGGACAAAUCGCUGUUGAUGAUGUCACUCUGAGGCAGGGGGCGUGUCGAUGACAUCGCCUGACACCGAGUGGUCGUCGCUGAGCGAAGUGGAUUUAACCAUCUACGUUUUGUACAGUGUAAAGAACCGAGCAGCUUCGGGGGGGUUUCACCCUGAAACUUAAAAAGUUCAUCGCUGAGAUUUAAUGUUUGAA